ACAGAAGACAAAAUCGACUGGACGCGGUCCUUCCACGGGCUCAGCGCCACCCCCUUCCCCAAAGAAUGCGCCGACAUCCUUCUCGCACCGACAGACCCCAACGAAGUCGAAAUCAAACCCGACGGGAUCCUCUACCUGCCUGAGAUCAAGUACCGACGGAUUCUGAAUAAGGCGUUUGGACCUGGUGGGUGGGGCCUUGUGCCCAGGGGGGAGAGUAUUGUUACCCCGAAGAUGGUUACGAGGGAGUAUGCGCUUGUUUGUGUGGGGAGGUUGGUUUCUGUGGCGCGAGGCGAACAGGAUUAUUUCUCGCCGGAUGGGAUUCCUACUGCGACGGAGGGAUGUCGGUCGAAUGCGUUGGUGCGGUGUUGUAAGGACCUCGGUAUUGCGAGUGAGCUGUGGGAUCCGAGGUGGAUUCGCAAGUACAAGGCCGAGUAUACGCGGGAGGUGUUUGUGGAGCAUGUGGUGAAUAAGAGGAAGACGAAGAUUUGGGUGCGCAAGGAUGAUCCGGUUGGGUAUCCGUGG